AGCGGGGGCUCAAGGAAGGCAGCUGGCUCAUCAUAAAUUAAACGUGGACAAUUACUUGUAGCGAGUAGCGAAGGAUGUUUACGCUAUUCACUGAAAAGUCAAUACCAUACUCUGAUCGCGUAUGUCUCAAGUAAAACAACCCCAAAAAUAAGUAACGAAAACAUUGCAGUCAACGUAACAUUACACUCGGAAAAAUAUCGUUCUGACACAGGCUUAACCACAAACAAUGAUACUAACAAGUCUACAUAUUGGGAUAUUCUCCAUCUAUUUCAUGUCUUCCUCACUCACACUAAUACUACGCAAUGCCUCAAACACUGACUGGACAAGAGGAGCAAAAAGGAGCAACGAGAAGCGCGCAAGUACACCUUCUUUUGUCUUAUGUUUUGCUGUUGCGGGGUCGGCAGUAAUGGUUGGUGAAGUUCCGUGAUUAUUCAAGUUUUCUUCACUGUACUGCCAUUAUCGGGACUUCUGCAUAUACCAUUGUGUGCGUAAGUGAACAAAGAACACAUAGAACCAGUGAGUAUAAGUGAGAAUAGUUGCAUAGGGAGAAACAACAGGGAUAAGUGAAGGGAGGUUACAUGCUGGCGGGGUCUCGGGUCAUCCUCGCUGCCCUUCUUCCCUUCCUGCCCCGCCUCCGCCUCCUCCUUCUCCUCCCCCUCCCCCAGCGACUGACUGCACCUCACCAUCUUCACGCCAUGGACAGGCAAGCCCAGCGUCGCUCAAGGUAAGCAAGUCUCCUUCACCUGUCGGGACGCGAACUUUGUCGGCGAGUCUGUGGACGCCGAACAGCGCCGCCACGAUCAAUAUUUCCGUCUUGGAGGGAGACAGAGAGGAAGGUUCAAUUCAACAAAGGAGGGGAGAGACGGGCGAGAAAGAGAGACUGGCCGCGAUAAAUCUAGAUAAGCAGGAGGAUCGAGGGAGAGGGAGAGCUGAGGGAAAAAUUAAAUGGUGUUUUCCCGACCUUUGCGUACUCAAAAUAAUGUACUGAAGAGGCGAUUAGAAGAAGUCGAAGUUGCUGAAAAUAAUAGAGAAAGAUAGAAAUAGAGAACGGUACAGAGGCGCAUCCAGAUAGAGAAAGAAAUUAAGAGAUGGAAAGAGAUAAUGUAAAUAUUGUCGGCUUUUUUGAAUGCUUAUAGAAAUGCAAUGAGUAGUCGAAGUCGCUAAAGGUAUCCAGACAGACGAGGGUAACAAGAGAGGUAAUGGUAACGAGAGAGAUGAGUGAGGAAGAGACAAGCAGAGAACAAGCGUCGAUAAAGAGAGGCACCAAGAGAGAAGGAAGAAAGGAAGGAGCGAUCACCAGGCCUUUUGUAUGCCCAGACUAACAAACAGUGAGACCAAUGGCUUGUCUUAGUGGCUGAAGAACUAAACCCGCAAAGACAGACGAGUGAAGAAAACAGGAAGAGGAAAACCUAAACAAAACAAUGGAGGGAGAAAAGGACGAAAUAAAGGAUGAUCUGUAAGGCCUUUAAAUUCACGGGUAAUAAACAGAAUGAUGGAGGGAAAAAGACAAACGAGUGAGGAAGGAAACAAAAUGGAAAACCCAAAGAAUAAGUCGAAGGAGGGAAGGUAGAGAUAAGGGACGAUCGGGACCUUUGAAUGCUUAGUAAUAUACAGGAGGAUGGAGGGAUGAAGGUACAAGACAAUGAUCGACGCCUUUAAACGCUCAAGUAAUAAACGGUAAUUGCUUCGAGUAGUCGUCGUCGCGGCUCGGAGGGAACAGUAACAGAGGAACCAGUAGCAGCGUGUCCCCCUUGCGGCCCUCCAGACACUGAUAUCCUUCGCGGGACGCCUAGUUACGGGGGCUUACAGGGGACAAACGUGCGUUCAGACCCCCGCUGACGCCGCCCCCCGUCCCCAGACCCCCGCCCCCUGUGCCUCCUCCUCCUUCUCCUGCUCCUGCUCUUCCCCAAGCCUCUCGUAGGUCCCCUGAGAGCGCCCCAGCGUCGGGAUGGCGUGCGUAUAUUGAUCGGUAGGGGCGAGGGUAACACACACACACACACACACACACACACACACACACAGACGACUCCCUCUUCUCCUCACUCACCAUCUUCUCAAAAACCAGCUCGACCUAUAAUGCCAGGCCGCUAGUGCUGCUCCUGCUUCGCUCCUUCCUUCCUGCCUCUUCCUUCCUCUUCCUCCUUCCUCACACCGCCGCUCUUCCUUCUCUCCUCUCCUUGCCCCCUGUUUCCCUCCUCGUCUUCCUCCUCUUCUUCCUCCUCCUCCUUCCUCCUCCUCCUCCUUCCCUGCCGCCCGCCAUCCGCCACUAAACUCCGUAACACCCUCGCUGACUCGCCAUAAUUCGUAAAUUUGAAUACAUCUCACAAAAGGCGUUGAUCUAAUUCCAUUCCAUCUCCCCGCCCCUCCUUCACCGUCUCCUCUACCGCUUCCUCCUCCUCUUCCUCCUCUUCUUCUUCCUCCUCCUCCUGCUCCUCCUCCAGUAAAGCGAAACAUUAUUUCUUUAAGUCAAGGAAAUGAGGAAUUCUGGGAACGAGUGAUGUCGGAAGAAAGAGGGAACGAAUUGAGUGUCUCGCUAUCUUUCUAUCAGGAGGUGCGGCCCGGACGGCUGUGUCGGGCCUUUUCCAUCACCACCAUUGUGCCGAGACCUAAUGAGUUGUCACUACUCAAUUAUUUCUCCGGCGCCACAUAAUGCAGAAAAUUUCGUUCGGUCCCUCCAGCCCGACAUCUGGUCCCGGCAACUGUUUUCCCGGCCAAUUUUUCACGGAGGCCUCCUGAUAAAAGACCGUUUAGUGUCUGGGGGUUGUUGAUAUCAAUUUAUUUCCUUUGAUACACACAUAUAAUUUCAUUACGGUACAAAUCGCUUCAAUUGGGGCUCGAGUCAGCGCUUUCAUCUAACCAUUACUUGACAUGCUGGGCGCUGAUUGGUCAAGAGUAGAUGACGUCACGCCCUCCAGUCGAUAAACCACGCCCUUAUGAUAACAGACCCCGAGCGGGCCAAUCGUCGGGCCGCGCGGCGCCGUGGGGGCGGGGCGCGGCGGAGCGAGGGCAGGGGUCUGGCGUGAACAACUUGUAACACACAAGUCGCUGGUCUCGGCACGGCCAUUUGGCGCCACCAUGAGUAGCGGCGGGGCUUUACCUGGUGUCAUGGCCGCCCGGGUCAGUGUGGUGUGACGGACCGAUCCUGCCGCGUCUUGCCGUGACCUGCUGUGACCUUGUCGGGGCCCAGACUGACCCCAGUGCCCUGUGAGCGAGUGUCCGCGCCGCAUGGCCCUCACCACGGCGGAGCCCGGCGAGGUGGCGGCCCCGCUGCCCCGCGCCCACCACGCCCACGCCCUGGACCUGGACGCCCGUCACCGCCUCGCCUUCGACGCCAAGAGUCACCGGGACUUUGAGAAUUCCUUCAUCCCGGAGCGGAAGUACAGCUACCCCGAGGGCCCGUCGCAGGACACCAAGUUCUCCCUGGAGUCCGCCAAGCCCGCCACCGAGCUGGCCGUCGAGCUCAAGAGGUCUGAGGCCGCUGCCAAGGCCGCACUGGAGAGGUACGAGGCCGCUGGCGGAGGCGGCGGCGGCGGCGGCCCCGGGGUAGUCAGCGGCGGCGGGGCGGGCACUGGCGCCAUCACCGCCUCCUCCUGCCCUACGCACACCAUUGAUGCCAUUCUGGGCCUCCGCGCGCCCCUCAAAGGCUCGCCCUCGCCGCCACACCUGCACGGCCUCAACAACAACACGUCCACCAACAACAUGAACAUGGCGGCGGCGGCCUCCCCGGGCAGGGGCGGCGGCGUCGGCGGCGGCGGAGUGGGCGGCGGCCGCGAGGACGGCGCUGACACCGACGACUCGAGCACCGCCACGCCUCCAGAGGACGGUCGUGGGAUGGGCGGCGGCGGCGGCGGAGGAGGAGGCAGCGGGUGUGGCGGCGGCGGCGGAGCUGGAGACGGUCGAGGUGGCGGUGGCGGCGGUGGAGGCGAUGGCGGGCUCGGCGGAGAGGCUGGGUCGCAGGAUUUGGCCUCAGACGCGAAGAAGAAGCACCGCAGGAACCGCACGACCUUCACCACCUACCAGCUGCACGAACUGGAGCGAGCCUUCGAGAAGAGCCACUACCCCGACGUCUACUCCAGGGAGGAACUGGCACUCAAGGUCAACCUCCCCGAAGUGCGAGUACAGGUGUGGUUCCAGAACCGACGCGCCAAGUGGCGGCGGCAGGAGAAGAUGGAACAGGCGCAGCUGCGGCUCCACGAGCAGUCCAUGGGCCUACUGCACCGGCCGCCGGGACCCCCGGGGCCCCUCGACCACUUCUUCCCGCCGCUGCUGCCCGGCCUCCCGGGCCUCCAGGGCCUGCAGGGCACUAUGCCCUCCAUCCACGGCGGCCUCUCCGGCAUGGGCGGCUCGGUGCCCUCCCUGCCAGGAUUCCUCACCCACCCCCACGCCGCCUACCCGUCCUACCUCACCCCACCCACAUCGUCAGCCAUGGGCGUCGCCCCGCCGCCCCCACAGGCCAUAGCUGCCUCCACGGCACCGCCCACCUUCACCACGCCCCCGCUGCCCAUUUCACCACCGCUGCCCCCGCCCCCCAGCGCCCAGGACCGCUCCUCGUCCCCCAGCAGCCCCGAGGAGGACCUGCGCUCCUCCUCCAUCGUCGCCCUCAGACUGCGGGCCAAGGAGCACCUGGAGAGUCUGGUCAAGACCUCCGCCCUCGUCUGAACCUUCCCGCGCCCUUGCCCUCGUCCCGCCGACAGGCUGCCUCACCGGGCGGAGUCGCCGCCUCUCCCUGGCACGGGCUUGGAGACCCUUGGCCAGAACAAUGCACAGAUGAACCUUCAAAAGGCGAUUAUUCGUCGGGCCGACCCAGGGCAGCAUUAGGCGGGUUGACCCUGUGCCAAACGUGAACAUUUCGCCGGGGACACGAGUGACUUGUGCCUGUGUUGGCAGGAAGCAGAAAGAGGAAACUAUGUGUUGAUAAAAGACCUCCGUCACGAGGCCGCGGGAAAAACUUAUGAUGAACAAUUCCUGAGGCCGUGAAGGACGAACACUGAGGCGGCUCGUGUGUCUCGCCGGGCAACGCCGCCGCCUGGUGCAACUGCCGGCGCCCACGCGGUUCUCGCCACGGCGGCUCCGGUGCACGAGACAAAUUUCUUUUUCGUGUGCUCCUGAUUCCCUUUACUUCAUGUAUUUAUUUCCGGUGACGAGGACGGCGAGGCGAACAGUUGUCCUCGACAGUGACGGCGAGGAACGUGACAAACAAUCCAGAGGCGAGAAAAACUUUACACAACUCGUGAGAAAAAUCAGAUUUAAACGAAAAAAACGUUCCCGUGAAUACCCCGUUGUCCCCUCCCUGAAAGCUUUACUCCGCAGAUCCUGGUAACCAAUAGAUCAGAUGUAUCUUUAUGUUAAAUGUAUAUAUGGAAGAGACAA